AUGGGUGCAGCUGCCACUUCUGCCAAUGCAGCUUCACCAUUGGUGUCCAACCCUCUGCCAUCGUCAUCUGCGCUCUCAUCAACCACACCGAUCGAUCAUUAUAAUAUCAGCUCGCCUGUCAAUCUAUUGCAUGGCGUGACACUGCCGCCCAUGUCUGAGCCGCCACCCAUCCUCCUAAAGUUCAUCCGAUUCCUCCUCGUCAAGGGCGUCGCCCUUGAGAACAUCUUUGUACAACAGCCAUCCGACUCGCUAGACAUCGAUGUACAACAAUGUAAAAAGAAACUGCUCAAAGAGAUGAGCAUCACCAAUGACAUUGAACAGAUACAACUGUCAUCGUUCACAAACAGUCCAUUUGUGGUGGCAGAGAUGCUGAAGCAAUACCUCUUAUCCCUGUCCGAGCCACUCUUCUCCUUCCAACUGUACGAUAGCUUUCUCUUGACUCACACUAUCCUAUCACAUCAAGAUAGAUUGUGGGCUUAUAGGUUCCUCCUGGCAUAUCUGCCACAGGGCUUCAGGACGACGAUAAAGGCAGUGUUGGACUUGUUGUGGCGAGUGCAUUGUAAUAGCUCCCAGACAAAGCUGGACGCUCAGUCGCUGGCGGCCAUAUUCACGGGCGCCUUUCUGAGACCCGAGGAAGAGAUAUACUAUAUGAAGCAGGAUAGGAUCAAUACGGAGGACAUUGUUAGGUUGUGGAUAGACGAGUUUGAGAGUGUGACAAAGUCGCCAACGGUGCCCACUACCAAGAUCCAGGCGAUGGCCACACCUUUCAUACCAUCGCAUCAGAGCGGAUCGGCGACAAACAGUCACGGUGCGGCAAGUGGCGCCGGCGACUCUGCGUCGCCCUCAUCGACGCCACAGCAACACCCAACGAUUGGAUUGAACAAGAUCAGCACACAGACACAGCUGACCAAUGCUACCAACCCACAGCAAUCGCCCAAGCUGUCGCUGCCUACAAUCCCCAAGCAACAGAACACUCAACAGACUACAACCAUCAUCAAGAUCAAACCGCCCCUUCAGGCGUCCUCCAGCCAAAACGGUGCGCGCAAGCCAAGCUCGCCGCCCGUAUCCCCUGUAUCAUUGCCGCCCGUUUUGAACAUCAGUGGCUCUCCUCACAAGGAGUCCUCACAUCUGUCACCAACAUCCUCAUCAACAAUUGAACAAUCAUCCUCAUCAUCAGCCAACCCUCAAACUCCAACUUCAUCCGCCAAGCAAGAGUCCACGACGAGCAGUCCACCAUCUAUUGCCAAUGCUGCGUCAAAUUCCCUAUCACCAACAGCGCCUCAAUCAAAGAGCAACAACAACAACAACAACGAAUCUACACCUUCCAGUAUCAGCAGGCGGUCAAGUGCAGCGCCACCUAGGCCAUCCUUGCCACUGACUCUGUCAGCAUUCGAUUUGAAUCAAGGACCAUCGCCUUCAAAGGGUGAAGGGGAGACUCCUUCGACUCCCACUUCCUCAUCAAACAACAACAAUGGCCCCACCAACAACAACAAUAAUGUUGGAUCAUCACCAUCAUCAGUAACCAGUCCCAACUCCAAGCCAAUCACACUGACACUGCUGACUACACUGGACACAGACACAACCGAGAAGAUUAACAAGAUCAAGGGAACUACAGAGUCACUGAUCAGUGAGCACAUCUGGACCCAACUAAGAGCCAUUGCCAAGGGCAUUGAGAAAGAGACAAGUUAUGGUGUCACCAUCAAACUAUCGACAGCACUUCGCGACUCAAAGAGACAUCUUGUGGAAUCGUCAGAGAAACAGCUCAACAUACAUAAGAAUGAUAUAAAGUCAUUCCUACAACAGUUCAACAAGCCACCAAACUACUCGAUACAUGUGCUAUCAAAUGAACAGUUGGCCAAUCCACCGACGGGCGUCGACGAGCUGAAACACUUUGAGUUGAAGCGUGCUGCUCACAUGGCCAUCGAAGACCUCUCAGAGUACAUCUUUGUUCUAAAGACCAAGCUACACACACUCUUGUACAAGGAGCAUGUUAUUCAAUUGGCACAGAUCAUUAGUAAGCUCAAGUCAAUCGUAGACCAAGCCAUGCCAUCAGGUGGCAGUGGUGGCCAGGACAAUGGAGCACCAAGCUCUGGCCGCAACUCAUUGCAGUCCUCAUCAUCAUCAACCUCAACAUCGAAUCAGCAAUCACCUUUGUCAUCCAGCGGUGGUGGUGGAGGCGACGCGUCAAUGCCACUGACACCAUCGAAGCGCAAGUCCUACGCUCAAGAGAGUCGCAAGACAACCAAGGAGAUAGUGGAUAGACUGACAGUCAUGAAGAAGGGUCUGGAGCACGCAUCGCUGCCAGAGGCCAUCGAUAUUGGCAAGUCAAUCAGGAGUAUCAAACAGAUAUUGCACGAGCUGUACACGGAGAACAGAUACCAGCAGCCACCCGAUGUCAAGGUGAUGGCGCCGAUACCCGACGAGAGUCAACUGACCACUUUGAAGAAGACGUUGGACCCAUUGCUCGAGAGGAUAUUCUUCCAGAUUGAUACAGUGUCAAAGCUGGGCACUGAGAACACAUUCACCUCUGACAGGGAGAGUGUCAACAUCAGCGAGAAGCUAAUGGCAAUCAAGAAGGUGCUUUUGGUGACAUCGUCAUCAUCACAGGCGACUACGACAACAGGUGCUCAAAUGUAA